UAAAAAUUCCCCUAUAAAAUUAACGCCGUUUGCCCUUCCAAUUAAAACCGCUUUACACUUCCAACAGAAAAAGGAAAAAACAGCGGCGCCGGCGGGAAGAAUCCUUCCAAUGGCGACGGAGGAGAAGCAAGUCAUAGUGAUCGGAGUUGACGACAGCGAAUACGCAACCUACGCUUUGGAAUGGACACUCGACCAUUUCUUCUCUUCAACGCCAAAUCCUCCUUUCAAGCUCGUCGUCGUCUACGCCAAACCGUUUCCCGACGUCUUCGUCGGCGUCGGCGGACCUGGAAUGAUUGUAGGAUCUGCGGGAAGUUACCAGUUCCUGAACGAGGAUUUGAAGAAGAAAGCAGCGUUGAUCAUCGCAACUGCAAGAGGAAUCUGCGAAUCAAAAUCGGUGAAUGAUGUGAAAUAUGAGGUGGAUGAAGGAGAUGCUAGGAAUGUGCUGUGUCAGGCAGUGGACAAGCAUAAUGCUUCAAUGUUGGUGGUGGGUAGCCAUGGCUAUGGAGCUCUCAAGAGGGCAUUUUUAGGGAGUGUGAGUGACUAUUGCGCUCAUCAAGCUUCAUGUACUGUCAUGAUUGUCAAGAAGCUCAAAACCAAGGAAGGUUAGACACAUACAAGUAAAUGCAGAACAAAUCACGGUCAAUUUAAUAUGAUAUAUAUGAAAAAUAAAAUGUAGCUUCCCUAAAUAUUUCUCCUUUUCAUUUUGUCUUUUCUUUGUGGGUUUUUAAAAGUGGGUAUAUUGUAGAGAGUUAUCAUCUUUAAAUCAAGUAAUAAUGUGGCCGUGUUCCGUUGUUGUACAUUUUACUAAGGUUGUUGUACCAUUGCUUUAAUAAUAACAGAAGUUUGUACUAUAAUGUUCCAAUAAUAAAACAGAGCUCAGAAUUUUUUAUUCA